GUUGUGUUGCUGUACCUACUAGGUAUUAUUGAAUUGGAUAAGACUUAUAAAGGUUUUUAUUAAAGUGAGGUAUUUAGGUUUUUGACUAUACUCUGGAUAUGUUCUGUAAUCUUUGUGCAUUCUCUACUUGUAUCCCGAAUUACUAAGUAUUUCCGAAACUAUUGAAUUUGCAGACCGCAUUAUUACUAAAAUGAAAAAUUUAGAAGGAAGACUUAAGUAUGGACCGUAUUUAACAAUUUAUAAUAAAGAUUUUAUUAAAAGAUCGAUAAAAAAUAAAAUAGUCAAAACUACGGAGCAGGAAUUUAAAGAUCCCAUAUGUGAAGGCUUCAGAAAUUUCCUAGAGCUAGAAAAAACCUCUGAUAUAAAGCCUCCCCAAGAGGCCAAUGAAGAAUUUUUGGAGAAGGUCAAAAAAGAAAAACCAAAGGUAGCUCAAAUCUUUUUUGAACAACCCGUGGAUAAAAUUAUAGUUAAAGGACAGAUGUUACUUAAUGGGAAGAGCGUUUAUCAAGUAGAUUAUUGCGAUAUAGAAGCGGAGAUUAAACGCAAGCUUCGACAGUCUAAUGCCGAUAAAUAUCAAUUGCCAGAACAUUGGGAAAUACCUCUUACCACUCAGAAAUAUGAUUUUAGAGAACCCCUUCAGCUGAGCGAACAUGCUAUGGAUAAGCCCUUAAUAAUAAAACAUUCUGAUAAUUUAGGACAAAAUGAGAAAAUAAAUAAUAUUCUUCAAAUCAAGACAGGUAAUAGUGAAUACAAUAUGGUUAUCGGAAAAUUAGGAGAUUUCAUCGUCAACGAACAGAUGCAUGGAAAAAUUGUCCAUCCAGAUUGCAACUGUUUACAACAUCAUCAAAUGAAAGACACGAAAGAGAAAUAGAUUUAUUUUUCUAAACACAA